AUGGAUUCAUCCGUGUCCCAACCUCGGGGCUUCUUCAAGAAUUACCGAGUGUACAUUCUCGCAACCGUGUCUUACAUGGGAUCUCUGCUAUUCGGCUAUGAUGUCGGUGUCAUGGGAGGACUCCUCCCUUUCGAAAGCUUCAGGCGAGACUUUGGAAUACCAACUGGUUCGUCUGGCUUCGCAGACGGCAGAGUGGCCGAAAUCUCUUCUAACGUCGUCUCCUUGUUGACUGCUGGUUGCUUCUUUGGCGCCUUGUCAGCUGCGAUUGCGAACGAUAGAUACGGAAGACGGUAUUCUCUCAUGGCAUACUCGGUCAUCUUCCUGUUGGGUGCUGCUUUACAGACCGGUGCCCCGAACGACUUGAGCUACCUGUACGCUGGCAGAGUCAUUGCAGGCCUGGGUGUUGGUGGUAUGAGCUCCAUCACUCCAGUCUUUGUUGCCGAGACCGCUCCGGCAGACGUACGAGGCCGUGUGACUGGUCUCUUCCAAGAGUUCCUUGUCCUUGGUAGCACAAUUGCUUACUGGCUCAACUAUGGUAUCGAGCGAGGCAUGCCCGUAUCGAGUGCCCAAUGGAGAAUUCCUCUGGGAGUCCAGAUGAUUCCCGCCGUCUUCCUCUUCAUUGGUCUCAUCCCUCUCAAGGAAUCCCCUCGUUGGCUGGUGGAGAAGGGUCGAGAGGACCAGGCACUGGCAUCUCUGGCUUACAUCCGCAAUAUGCCUGUCGACUCCCACGAGGUGUCUCGCGAGUUCGUCGAGAUCAAGACGUCCCUUGACGAAGAGGAAGGGAAGAUGCGAGAGGCUGUUUGGAAGGAGUGUCUCAAGCCAGGCGUUAGGAACAGGUUUGCUCUGAUCUUUGGCCUGAUGCUUUGCCAGCAGCUUACCGGAACCAACUCGAUCGGAUACUACGCCCCACAGAUUUUCCAAACCGUGGGUCUGUCUGGAGCUGAUGCUUCUCUGUUCGCCACCGGAAUCUAUGGCAUUGUCAAGUUGAUUUUCACCGCCAUCUCCCUACUGUUUGUCAUUGACAAGAUUGGACGACGGUGGGCACAUGUUGGUGGUGGAGCGUGGAUGUCCGCGAUGAUGUUUAUUCUGGCUUCAGUUUUGGCAACUCACCCCCCUAAGGAGGGCGAAGGUGUUUCGUCUGCGUCCAUCGCCAUGUGUGUCCUCAUUUACCUUUAUGUUAUUGCAUACACUGGCUCAUGGGGUCCUGGUCCUUGGAUCUAUGCCGGAGAAAUCUUCCCAACUCACGUCCGAUCUUACGGUGUGGCCUUUGGAGCGGCAACUCAGUGGUUAUUCAACUUCAUGGUAACUCGGGUAACCCCCCAGAUCAUUCAUGAUAUUGGCUGGAAGACCUUCCUCGUUUUUGCUAGUCUGUGCUUUGGGAUGAGCGUGUUUACCUUUUUCUUCAUGAAGGAGACCAAGGGUUUGACGCUUGAGGAGAUUGACCAGCUCUUUGGACUGUCUGAUAUGGAGCAGUUCCAUAACGAUGUUGAGAGGAGGAUGACCAAGCUGGAGGGACUCGAUCCUGUUAUGACGACGGCGACGGUUGAGGAGGAAAAGGGGGGUGCUAAGCAGGAGGAGGCCAAGUAG